UGGAUGCGCUUAAGUACAAAUUUGCCCGCAAUUGUAUUUGUUUAAGUGAGCAACUAAUGUUAUGAAAUAGCGAUUACAGUAAUUAGAAUCAAAGGUGUAAAGAACAGUGACUAAGAAAUGUGAACUACACCAAUUCAAUUAUUGAGUAUAAUAGUUUAAUUCCAAUAGGUAUAUCAAAUCUUGGGUGCUACCAAUGAGGACGAAGAAUUUUUUAUUUACAAUAUGUGUGAUAAUAUCUGUAAGCUUAAUAUUUAUUAUAUUUGGCCAACAAAAACCAGAAAGUAUUCAAAAUAUCGUCUCUUCAACAAAUGAACAGAUAAAGAACUUUAAGGAUAACUUAAGAGAUGCAGAAACAAAAACCUUAAAUGCAGACGAGAAGUACUUAAACCUCUUGGGAUUUACCGAAGAGCCCAGGUUGUAUCCAAGAGAUGUAUGGAAGAAUACGUCGUUACCUGUUGUAGUUACUUAUGUGCAUGAUGGAGAAGAGAGUCAAGCUAUUGGACUAAUUAUAAAUAUGGCGAGAGUGCUACCAAAUAAUACAAUUUUAGUAUAUAAUUUAGGCUUAGAUGACCAAGGAUACAAAUUGCUCACAAGUUUUUGCAACAACUCAAGAUGUCAAGUCAUAAAUUUUGAUUUGUCGCAGUUUCCACAACACGUAGAAAUGGACAUUCUUCGUGCAUACCGCCCAUUGAUUAUCCAGGACGCACUUCAUCAUACUGGAGCAAUAUUCUUCCUUCAAUCAAACUACCGCGUAACUCAAAAUGUGAUACCGACCUUAUUCGAGGAAAAAACUCUAAAAACAGGCAUCUUGGCGUGGCCGUUGAGCCUGAAAAACCCGGUGUCGAGCUUGACACACAAAAAGAUGUUCGAGUAUUUUCACACCGACGCCGACAACUUUCUUUUCCUCCAAAUGGUCAAGGCAGAAGCGCUUCUCAUCGUUAAUACAGACACUAUUCACAAACACGUGAUGUUACCGUGGGUCCAAUGCACGCUCACCCAAGAUUGCAUCAUUCCUAUCGGUGCCCAAUCGGCAGGUUGUAAGUUCGACAAGAAACCGCAGUACAGGUAUUCAGGUUGUCACAGCUACGACACGUCGGCCUUGAACAUUGUUCUCGGGUUGUUAUUCAAGCAGAACACUAGUCAGUACACUUGUAGUGAGCCCGCGAAUAUUUUCGAAAAAGUUAGUUUGGGUAAAGCAGAUGCGUUGCUCAGGAGGCUUGAGCUGAAUGCAACGACAGAGGGGAAGUUGACGGAUCUGACACACGAAUGAAGUUCGCGCGAAUGAUUGACUAGAGUUUUGGGGGUAAUUUAUUGUAGUAUAUUUGAAAAUGGAAGUGAAGAUUGUGUUCUUACAGUCGUACAUAAGUGCAACUAAAAACUUAAAAUUUAUUGACAAAAUUAUAGACAGUUGAAAAAAUAAGCAGGUUUGCAUUAUAGACCAAGAUAAAUACAAAAAAGUGGCAAAUGACAGUUUCCUUUAUCAUAUAAUGACAGAUAAGCUUCUAGGCAAAAUUACCUUAUCACUUUAAUCUCAAAGUUAAAUAAUAGGGCUUUUCAUUCAGUCAUUUGUUUCGAGCUUCUGUCAUAAUAUGUUGUAUAAUUAGUGUGACCAACACCAAUUCAGUUGAAUUCGGGACAAGACUGAAAAAAAUACUUGAAAUCCGGUACUGUUCGAUGAAAAUCGGGCCAUUUUUUAUUUUUUUAAAUAUAGGACUUAAUAUCAUCAUUUUAUUGAUUGUUUUUAUGUUGACAAUGAUAUUUUUAAUGGGAUUAAGCCACUAUUGGUUACAAUGAUAAUUAUAUUUUUGUUAGUUUUUGACGUUUCGACUUCCAAUCAUUCUCAAAAAAGGAAAAAUUGGAAAAUAAAGUGAUGUUGGAUUUCCAUGUAAAUAUUAUAACCUUAGGUUAAUAUCAAAAUGUAGUUAUCAUUACAACCAAUUGUGGCUUAAUCCCAUCAAAAAUAUAAUUGCCAAACAGGCCACAAGAAAACAGCUUUAAAACAUUUAAAAAUCAAUCCAGUCAUAUUUUAAAUUGACCUGAAAAGACAAAAUAUGAUGUAUUCUUGCAAUGUAAUUUUUUAAAAUCAUAAUUAUUGUCGAUUUUUUUUCGUCCCAACAAUUUAAUUUGAUGUGAAUACUUAAAAGAAUAACGAAAAAAAUAGAAUUUUGCCAAAAAGUUGAAAAUUCGGAUGGCCCGGAAGCCUUUUCCGGGACGCCGGGACACGACUUCGUAAUUCGUGCCAUGUCCCGGAUUUUUCGGGCUAGUUGGUCACACUAUGUAUAAUCCGUGUAUAUUAAUGUUAUACACAGAUUAUACAACAUAUGACAGAAGCUCGAAACAAAUGACAAUCGAUGAAAAGCCCUAUUAAGGAAUUAGCGCGUUCAUACUGUAAAUUAGGUAAUUACUGUAUAUUUUUAACAAUUUUCUGCCUCUAAAUUCGGCUUCAACUAGCUUAUGUUAGAGGUUAGAGUGACAACAUAAUGUGUAAGUUUUCGUUAUCGGCAUACUUAAAACACUGAGUACUGAAUGGUAUAGUCGGUUCGCUAAACUCAGACACAACUUUCUAGUGAUUUUAGUAAGUAAUUUUGCCAAUUUGGUAAAAUUGGCAAAAAAAAAUUACUAAAUAGUUAAUAAUUACUAUAUAGCUAGUAAUGUUGCCAAUUUUGGAAAAAUUGUCAAAAAAAAGUACGUAGUAAAAUCACUAGCCAGAUGUGUCUGAGUUUAGCGAACCGACUAUACUUGAUACUUAAAGAUAAAAAAGGAAAUAAAUGUCAACUGUCAAAUUUUUAACAUAAAUGUCAUUAAUUUCAAUUGUCACAUUAUUGUCAAGUAAACCGUAAAGUUGGAUUUAUAGUUUGACGUAGCGUAGACGUAGACGCAACGGAGACGCACUGGAAAAGAUCAACACCGAAUUUUGUGUACUCGUGUUUAUAAAUGAACGCAAGCGCCUGACAGAACGUAAGAGAAACGCAACGGAAUGGAAGAGUUCACCAACUUUCAUCUUUUACAGUGCGUUUCUUACGUCUGGCCAAUCAAAAGGAAGAAUUUUGUUCUGUCACCCAAAGUGGACACGCCCUCAUCAAUUUUGUAAAGGUAAAGUUGUUUAUCAACAUAUUCGAAUUUUGUUAAUUAUUUGUUAAUACAAUGGAUGUUAAGUUAUUAAUUUAAUAAAAAUAUAUCAUAGUCAUUUCAAUAUUUCAGAUAAACAUGAGUUGUUUAUUAGCCAAAUUCGGGGUUAUCCACACAUAAUAUAUGAUAGGUAAAUCCAAUAAACAUUUUAAAGACCAGGAAAUGAAACAAAAUAGUUGGAAAUCCCACGGCAUGCGGCACCAGGCAUACCUUCGUUUAUUUCCUAAUCCAUGUAACACACAAAACAAAUAAAUACACUAAGCACCAACAUUAACGCACCACCUUAAAAAUGGGACAUUUUUGAUGUCUUGUAUUUCCUAAACCUGUUGUCCGAUUUUAGUGAUUUUUUUAAUAUGGUAUAGCUUUAUUCUUCAAGAAUAUCGAUGUAAUAAUAUUGUUGCUAACCAGAUAAGUGUCAUUGUAUACCGGGUGUAACAAUGAUAGUGUGUUUUUUCCUCAAAGUUUGGAACACCCUGUGGAAUAUUCUGGCAUAUAUAAAAUAUUGAAAUUAAAACUCGACUGUA